GUGGAUGUGGGUGGUGUUGGAGGAGGAGGUGUGGAAGUGUGCCGUCUCCCCUGAGACACACGCACACAACCAAGAGCUCAGCUGCUCCGUCUGAUGACAUCACGUGUGUGAAACCUCCUCAUCACAGGAAGUGAAACACACACAAGAUGAAACGUUCAGGCGCUCAUGUUGUUCGUCCGCUCCUCAUCGUUACCUGCUGCGUGUGUCCAAGCAUUUUUUAUUUUAUGCUUCCUGUACUUUGGCAGGGAGGACCAAUGAGAUGACAGACAUGAACAAAGAUGGCGGACGCGUCUCCACUUCCUGCCGCUGAAACGGAGCCGGUGACACCGUUUGCAGCCCGUGACGGCACAUAAAAAGAGAAUAAAAUACACAUGCAGUACAUGUACACAACUAUACACAUGAAAGUACCCCUUUAUACGUGAACUCACUUCACAUCGGCAGAGCGACUCCACAGCACAUCACGCAGCAGCGUCACGUCUCGUUUCCUGCUGCGAUCAAACAAACGUGAAGGCGACGAAGCCUGACUGACUUCUGACUGAGGAAGCAGUUUCAAAGCACUUUUCUUUUCUCCAGCAGCUUUUCUGGGGCUUCAGUGAACGUUUGGUUCCAAGGUGCAGGAACACAAGAAUAUUAAACUGAAAUAAACCAUCUCACAGAAUCUGAGAGCUCAAAGUCUUCACAUCACAUGACCUGUGACAUCAUUCGGUCCGUCAACUCUUUGGAGCGAUUUUCCUUUCUUCAUUAAACACUGGAAGCUCAGCUUACUUUAACAGAUUUGUGUGUUUUAGAUCGAAUAUUUCAGUGUGAAAUUCCAUUUUAAUGGUUGAUUUGGUGGUGUUUUCAGCACACCACACCACCUCACUGUGGCUGUUGGACACACAGCAGGACGCUCCAACGGUCACACGUGUGUUUACUGAGUACAACUACUGCAGAUACUAUGUGUACUAUCAUAUCAAACACUCAGGUCCUGCCAGACCCUCGAUGUAAAACGAGAUGUUUUCCCCGUCAGGUGGUGCGUGUGAACUGAUCUGGUGUCAGCGUGUUGUGUCUUAUCUUUAUGUCUUUAUGUCCCUCAUCAGGCGGCUGUGGGAGCCGCUGCACAUCUGCAGCAGACAGCAGGAAGCUUCCCAGCUCUGCUCUCCACCACAAUGGCUCCAAGCAACACCAGAGACUCUCCCGUCUCCAUGCUGUCCACCAAAGACAGACACAAACUGAGGAAACCGGUCGUGGAGAAGAUGCGGCGAGAUCGCAUCAACAGCUGCAUCGAGCAGCUCAAGGUCCUGCUGGAGAAGGAGUUCCACAAGCAGGACCCCAACGCCAAGCUGGAAAAGGCCGACGUGCUGGAGAUGACCGUGGUGUUCCUGAAGCAGCAGCUGCAGCUUCGGAGCCCGGCGGCUCGCACGGCUCACGGCGACGGCUACUCCCGCUGCUGGAAGGAGACGCUGCGCUUCCUGUCCGCCAACUCCCUGAAGGAAGCCACGCUGCCCGACCUGCGCCGCCUCCAGGACGCCGGCCCCACGCCGGCCCUCUGCUCCCACAGCCACAGCCAGGCCGCGGCCAAGCAGCCGCCCGCCGCCGACAGAGCCGUGUGGAGGCCGUGGUAGAAGCUCCACAGCAGCACUGAUGGAUGUUCUCCGUCACUCAGCCUGUAUGGGAUAUUUCUGCACUUCCUGUUGUGUCGCUUCGGUUUCUGGACCGUUUGGCUCCUGUGGAGUCGACUUGUGAACAUUCUUACACUGAAUCAGUGUCGUGCAGCCGAGGAGACGCCUCCUCAGGGUUUCGUCUUCAGUGAAGUGAAGACUUGUUUGACUUGUAGCCUUUCAUAAAGGAAAACUGUCAGGUGUUUUUGGUUUUGUGACGUUGAGUCUCAGCUGUGUUCACCUGCUGAUGUUUGAAUAAAUUGCUUCUACAUCU